CCUCUGCGCGUCCCCUGCUCGGCCUGACUGCGGCCCUCCGCUAACACCAGUUGUUUUCUAACUUGUGGAAUAAGCUCUUCCAUUGGACCGGAAGAUGCCGCGGGUCUAUGUCGGCAAGCUCAGCUACCAUGUUCGAGAGAAGGACAUUCAGAGGUUUUUCAGCGGCUAUGGUAAACUAUUGGAGAUCGACUUGAAAAAUGGGUAUGGCUUUGUGGAGUUUGAGGACAUGCGGGAUGCUGACGAUGCUGUGUAUGAACUGAAUGGGAAAGAGCUGUGUGGGGAGCGAGUCGUCAUUGAGCAUGCCCGAGGACCCAGGAGAGACGGAUCCGGCUUUGGGGGACGCAGUAAGUUCAGUGGCGGCCACAGCAGCUGGAAUCGCACUGGCAGGGACAAGUAUGGGCCACCUGUGCGCACUGAACACCGCCUCAUUGUGGAGAACCUGUCCAGUAGAUGCAGCUGGCAGGACCUCAAGGAUUUUAUGCGGCAAGCAGGUGAAGUGACCUAUGCUGAUGCACAUAAAGGCCGCGCCAAUGAGGGCAUCAUUGAGUACCGGUCCCGUUCAGAAAUGAAGCGAGCUAUAGAAAAGCUAGAUGGUACUGAUGUUAACGGGAGGAAGAUUCGUCUGGUGGAGGACAAACCUCGGCGCAAGCGCUCAUAUUCUGGCAGCAGAUCCAGAUCUCGCAGCAGGCGGCGCUCUCGCAGCCGCAGCCGGAGAAGCCGGAGUUCUCGCAGCCAUUCAAGGUCUCGCUCACGAUCUCAGUCUCGCGGCAAGCGCCGGUCUCACUCCAGGUCAGGACGGAAGUCUCACUCAAGAUCGAAGAGAAAGUCCAGCCACUCUAAAUCACCAGAGAAGUCUCGUUCACGCAAAUCACGCAGUCCCUACAACAGUAAAAAGUCCCGCUCACGCUCCAAGAGCAGAUCCAAAGCUAAAGUGGAACGCGAGUCCCGAAGUCGCUCCAAGGAGAAAUCUUCGAGCAAGAGGUCUCGUAGCCGCUCAGGUUCCCACUCAGAGAGCAGGAAUGAAAAACGCACCACGAGAUCGCCUCUUGGCAACUUCCGUCAGCUCUCCAACUCCCCCGAGAAGCGCUCAGUGUCCCGCUCUAGGUCACGCUCUUGAUCCUGGGUCCGCCUCCCAAGACCUGAAAGCUUCUGUUACAACGUAUUGAACAAAGUUUAGUGGUAGUACACAUCCAAGGCCUGUAUCUGAUGUGCUUUGAGAUGUUUGCAGGUCAAAAGUGAUUUGUACCUUUUGGAACAAAUAGGGAAGUCAUUUUAUCUAUAUAUUUUCCUGAUUUGUUAUGUUUUCCUGUGAAAUGGUGAUCAGAGGUUGUUGUAUUUUGUUUGUUUUAAUUAGGUCUAAAUGUACUUUUUGAGUCCAGCAGCAGACAACAGGGGCAGAAGUUACUUCAUAUUUUGAUAACAUAUAAAUGAUGUACCAAGUCCAGAUAGAAAGAUGUAAACCUCCUAACAAAUGUUCACAAUUUGCAUGUUCUGUGAUAAUUGUUUUUACCUGUUUUGCCUUUUAAGAUCCCUGAUCCUCUUCCUGUGUGAGUUAUAUUUCGAAGCAAUCUACAACGUUUAGCUCUGUCAUAUUGGAAUAAAAUAUAGCAUUCAAAGAAAA